AUGGCUUCUUCAAGUCCUAACAUGGGAACUGAUAAGCAUGGAUCACUGUCACCUCUUGGGCCUGCCAUAAGUCUCCAAGUUGAAUCAGAGAAAGCUUGCGUGCCUAAGAAGAAAACAUCCGAUGGAAAAUUCUUACCUACGGGCAGACGUGGUUAUGGAUCCAAGGGCCAAAAGAUUCAACUUCUGACUAACCAUUUUAAAGUUAAACUAACCAAUAAAGAUGGCGGCUUCUAUCACUACACUGUUGCUCUGUUUUAUGAAGAUGGACGCCCUGUGGAAGCUAAGGGGAUUGGGAGAAGAGUGAUAGACAAAGUUUAUGAGACCUAUGCUUCUGAGCUGCAAAGCAAGAACUUUGCUUAUGAUGGAGAAAAGUCCUUAUUCACUCUCAGUUCACUCCCACAUAACAAGCUUGAAUUCAAGGUUGUGCUAGAUGAAAUUUCAUCAAACAAGCUUGGAAAGAAUGGAAGCGCUGACAACAACACAGAGGGAACUGAUAAGAAGAGAAUGAGGCGUCCAUUUCAGUCCAAGACUUACAAGGUGGAGAUCAGUUAUGCUAAAAAAAUCCCAAUGCAAGCAAUUGUAGAUGCAUCGAGUGGUCUAGAAUCUGAUCAUCACCAAGAAUCAUUAAGGGUUCUGGACAUCAUAUUAAGGCAGCGUGCAGCAAAGCAGGGCUGUCUGCUUGUGCGCCAAUCAUUCUUCCAUAACAAAGUAGAAAAUUACAGAGACAUCGGAGGUGGUGUUCAAGGUUGUCGUGGUUUUCAUUCGAGUUUCCGAGCCACUCAAGGAGGUUUGUCCUUAAAUGUUGAUGUGUCAACAACAUUGCUUCUAAAACCUGGUCCAGUGUUGGACUUCCUCUGCAUGAAUCAAAAUGUUAACCAUCCUGGCUUAAUUGAUUGGACCAAGGCAAAAAGGAUGUUGAAAAACCUGAGAAUCAAGGCUAACAAUAUGGAGUACAAAAUCACUGGAUUGAGUGAAAGGCCCUGCAAAGAUCAAACAUUUUCCUUGAAGCAAGGAAGAGAAGCAAACGGUGAAGUCAAGUCAAUUGAAAUAACAGUUCGUGAAUAUUAUGAACGCCAUAAAAACAUCAGAUUGCUUCAUUCAGCUAAUUUGCCAUGCAUCAAUGUUGGCAAACCAAAGAAGCCUACUUAUUUUCCGUUAGAGCUCUGUACUUUGGUUUCAUUGCAACGCUACACUAAGGCCCUUACCAGCUUGCAAAGAGCUUCAGUUGUGGAAGUGUCAAGGCAAAAGCCCCAUGAACGAAUGACAUCUCUGACAAAUUCACUAAGAAACAGCGGAUAUAAUGACGACCCUAUGUUUCGUUCUUCUGGAAUUGAUAUUGGAUCUCAGUUUACAAGAGCUGAAGGUCGUGUUCUACUAGCUCCAAAGCUUAGAGUUGGAAAGGGGGAAGAAUUCUUGCCCAGAAAUGGGAGGUGGAAUUUCAACAAUAAGCAACUUUUUCAACCUGUGGUGCUUGCACGUUGGGCUAUAGUCAGCUUCUCAGCUCGUUGUAACAUACGCCAACUUAUUGAAGGCCUGAAAAGAUGUGCACAGAUGAAAGGGAUGACCUUGUACGAACCAGUUGGAGUGUUUCAAGAGGAUCAACGUAUGAGUCGUAAACCAGCCAAUGUCAGGGUUGAAGAAUUGUAUAAAAUUGUGAUGAAUCAAAUGCCUGGGUUGCCCCAAUUUCUAUUGUGCAUCCUACCAGAGAGGAAGAAUUCUGAUAUUUAUGGUCCUUGGAAAAGAAUAAAUCUUGCAAAAGAUGGAAAGGGAGAAGGGGUUGUUACACAAUGCAUUGCACCAACAAAAAUGAAUGACCAAUACUUCACCAAUGUUUUAUUGAAGAUUAAUGCCAAGCUUGGUGGGAUGAAUUCCUUUUUGGCAAUAGAGCAUUCACAAUCCAUACCUAUAGUUUCAAAAGUGCCUACCUUAAUUCUUGGUAUGGAUGUCUCACAUGGCUCUCCUGGUCGAUCAGAUGUGCCAUCUAUUGCUGCGGUUGUCAGCUCCCGGUAUUGGCCUCAAGUUUCCCGUUAUCGAGCAUCAGUUCGUGCUCAGACACCAAAACUAGAGAUAAUUGCUAAUUUGUUCAACCCUGUUUCUGAUACUGAGGACCAUGGCAUUUUUAAGGAGUUGUUGGAUGACUUUAUUAAUUCUUCAGGAAUGCGGCCUGAACAUAUUGUCAUAUUCAGGGAUGGAGUGAGUGAAUCACAAUUCAGUCAAGUAUUGAACAUUGAGUUGGAUCAAAUCAUUCAGGCUUGCAAAUGUUUUCAAGAAAGUUGGGAUCCAAAAUUUACUGUGAUCAUUGCCCAAAAAAAUCAUCAUACUAAAUUCUUCCAGCAGGUCAAUGCCAGAGAAAAUGUUCCACCAGGCACUGUUAUUGAUAAUACAGUUUGUCACUCUAAGAACAAUGAUUUCUAUAUGUGUGCUCAUGCUGGGAUGAUUGGAACAAGUCGGCCUACUCAUUACCACGUGCUAUGUGAUGAGAUUGGUUUCUCUGCUGACGAGUUGCAAGAAUUCGUGCAUUCUCUCUGUUAUGUGUAUCAGAGAAGCACCACAGCUAUAUCAGUUGUUGCUCCAAUCUGCUAUGCUCACUUAGCAGCAGCACAAGUGGCACAGUUCAUCAAGUUUGAUGAACUUUCAGAGUCGUCGUCUUCUUCAUCUAGUAAUCAAUUUCAUGAGUUACCUCGUCUUCAUGAUCGAGUCCGCAACUCAAUGUUCUUCUGUUAGAAAUUUUAAUGUCUGGCUCUUUAUUUUUUGGCUAAGUUAACAAGUAAUGGUGUUAACAAGUUACACGGAAGUUGU